GUGAACUUCUUGGUGAAGGUCGAGUCGGAGUUGAGCAUUAGAUUAGAAGUUUUUGCCAUGGCAAAAUAUAAGCUUCUGAUCGGAGGCGGUCUGGGAACAGCGCUCGUGGGUGGCAUCACAUUGUAUGGACAGACACUCACAGAGAAACAGGAGAAAAGAACGACUGUAUUAAAACCAGACCAAUUAGCCUUCUAUGAAGUGGGAGCAAGUGGCAAGGAGUAUUACAUAGAAGAGACGAUAACUCCAGUGACAAAGUUUCUGAAAUCUACUAGACUGUCCAUUAGAUCAGCUUUAGAACCUUUCAAGGAUAAGGAUGGUGUUAGUAUAAUAGAGAAAAUCAGUGACAAGUGGGGGAUAGCAAGGGCACACACAGAAGACCUUAUAGAACAGAUAAGGUCGGAUCCUGAAGUCAAGGCAAAUGCUGGCAUGAUUGCUGUAGCAGGAGUGGUAGGAGCCUCUCUAGGAUACAGAGGUGGUGUGCUGAGGAAGGCAGCCUUUGGUACUACAGCUAUGGUCGUGACAGCCUCCUUGCUGUACCCAGAACGGGCCGUCUCUGUGGGGAUCGCAGCGGUAGACAGGAUCACAGGAAAAGGUAAUGAAGUUAAGAAAUCUGAGGAAGAAAUGGACAUUUCAGAACAGGUCAGCACCGAGUUGACUCUGGAAGAGACAACAGGCUCUGCAACAGAAACUGAAACACCAUUUAGCAGUAGUGACCAACUGGACAGCCAAAGUGACCAACCAGCCAGUAAAAGUGACCAAAAAGAACAGGAUUCUUAGGAAUUUUUCAUAAAAAUGUAGAACAGACUCCCAAGAAGAAAAAAAAUACUGUUACAGCAUGGACUACUUGGCAAAGAUGGCAUGGACUACUUUUAAGUUUUCCCUUCAAAGUUCUGAUCAAUAUAUUCAGAACAAAAAUAAUUAAAUAUUUCAAACAAGACUAACUCUUUUUUGUGUCCGUCUUUUUUCCUCAACCACAAAUCUAGACUAUUUGAAGAGGAAAAUUCCUAUGCAAAUGUAUGGACAAAAUAUACCCUGUAAGAAUAUACUAGCAAAAAGUGAAUAAGGCAGCAAAGCAUCAAAUAUACAGACAAGAAAAAAAAUUCAAUGAGGCUGGUUUGCCAAUCAGAGCUGUAUGUCAGUCAUUCUUCUAACAAAAUAAGUCACAACUUUCUUUUUAGAGUAUUUGAAGUGACAAUACACAAAAUAUUUUUAUCAAUUUUGAUGAAAUGUUACAUAAUGCUUAUCAGCUUGGAAUCACCAUCAAUUUCAAAUUAUGCACUGAAGGUAACAUAGGUAUCUAGAAAUUUGUGACUAGCAAAGGUCUACAGGCCCUUGUGACUGGAAAUGCCAAUAUGUACACCGUUUUGGAAAUGUGUUAUUUUCAUUGCAAUAAUUAUUACGUAAUACACAAUUUACUUAUUACAUAAUACAUAAUUUACUUUCAUCUUUAGAUGAUCAACUACAAAUUGUUAAGAGCAUAAAAAUAUUAAUAAAACAUUGUUAAUAUGUUCAGUUUGCUCCAUUCUGAGAUGAGGAACAUGCCUAAGAAU